AGAUAUAGUUCAGCUACACCCCUCCUGUGGUGGUGUCAGUUUAAAUGGUUUAACCAACAAAGCUCCAGCUGCAUCCACACAAGGUUAUGGCACGGAGUAGUAGCUCGAAGAAGCGAACUCAAUGACAGCGACGGAAUGGAUCUAAUGAAGAUAAACCAGCAGUCUGACCAUGUUAAGGAGCCGAAUGGCUUAAAAGACAAAGACCCAGACUGCCAAAAUGCUUCAGAGACACAAGACGAACCUUUGCUCCGGGAAAACCCAAGACGGUUUGUCGUCUUCCCCAUCCGGUACCCUGACAUUUGGAAGAUGUACAAGCAAGCACAGGCGUCAUUCUGGACGGUGGAGGAAGUUGAUCUCUCCAAAGACUUGGCACACUGGGACCGUUUGAAACCCGAUGAGAAGCACUUCAUCUCCCACGUCCUGGCCUUCUUUGCUGCAAGCGAUGGUAUCGUCAGUGAGAAUUUGGUACAGAGGUUCUGUCAGGAGGUGCAGGUCCCUGAAGCACGAUCCUUCUACAGCUUCCAGAUGCUUAUAGAGACUGUUCAUUCAGAGAUGUACAGCAUGCUCAUCAACACUUACAUCAUGGACCUAAAUGAGAGGGAGUACUUAUUCAAUGCCAUUCAGACCAUGCCUUAUGUGAAACGAAAAGCAGACUGGGCAAUCCAGUGGAUAAACGACAGCAAAUCCACAUUUGGGGAGAGACUCGUGGCUUUCGCAGCAGUGGAGGGUAUCUUCUUCUCAGGCUCAUUCGCUGCCAUCUAUUGGCUCAAGAAGAGAGGGCUAAUGCCCGGUCUUACCUUCUCCAAUGAGCUGAUUAGCAGGGAUGAGGGCUUGCACUGUAACUUUGCGUGCCUGCUGUACAGCUACCUGGUGAAGAAGCCAUCAGAGGACCGGGUGAAAGACAUCAUCACCAAAGCUGUUAGCAUCGAGCAGGAGUUUUUGACAGAGGCCUUGCCGGUGGAUCUCAUUGGAAUGAACUGCUGUCUGAUGAAGCAGUACAUUGAGUUUGUCGCUGACCGGCUUCUCACUGACCUUGGACUGGCUAAGGUAUACCAAGCUGAAAAUCCAUUUGACUUCAUGGAGUCCAUUUCACUCGAGGGGAAAACCAACUUCUUCGAGAAAAGAGUUGCAGAGUAUCAGAAAUUUGGAGUUAUGUCAAGCAUGAGGGACUGUGAAUUCACUCUGGAUGCAGACUUCUGAAGCAGAAAUGUCUUGUAUCUGUUACAUAUUUGUUACACUUGAGCUAUUUAUUUAUUUUGUUUAAGCAGUUAUUGGUUAAAAAACUCUAUAGCCUUGUUACAAUACCAUCAUUAACAGGUUAACAUAGGUCAAAGAUGCACUCUUCCCAACAUAUUUCUGACAACUGGAUAUUACACAUUGAGUUUAUUAGCAGCCAGUAUAGUUUGCAAAGUGGAAUAAGGUUAAUAAAUGGACCUUUCAUACUGCUCAUGGCUGUUUUGGGCCAUGAUAUUCUACCAGACAGGCAUAUGAGGGGUGGUGGGAGCGAUUAUUCUCUACCUCAUUGGACAUCUGGAGAUGGUUAAUAUCUACAAAUAUUUAAUAGUAAUAAAAGUUUAAGUCUGCGGGUAGGGCUAUGGGUUUCUAUGGUACGCCUGUUUUAACGUUUUGUUAUUUUUAACAUACAAUAAAAUAUUUUGUAAUUGAAUUGUA